GAACUAACUGGUUUGUUAAACCCUUCUCUUCUUGCUAAUUGCCUCCGUUGGCAGAUCCUGUCUGAGGAGGAACAUGCCACAAUGCUACGCUACAGAAACUUGUUGUCUAAAACCCUAAAAAAGAAAAAUUUGACGUCUAAAGCUAAACCCAGAAACAAGAAUGCAAAACAUUCAAGAAGAAAGCAAGAACCCGUGGCCCAAAACCAAGAAUCAGCUUACCAAAAUAACCAGGAAACAGAAGAUGUUGAAGAAGAGACGGAAGAAGGGUUUAGUCUCAAAUCCUCAGCUCCAUCUCACACUUGUGGGGUCCAGCCAUUAGGAAAUCUGUACAUGAAUACUGGCUCUAUCAACUCAAGAAAUACUGGUUUAGGUAAUCUGCAAAUUUUAACUGAUGAGCUAGUUCUUGAUAUUUUAGGGCUUCUCGAUGGGAACCAUUUGGGAAUUUUGGCUGCUGUGAGUAAAUCCUUUUAUGUUUUUGCUAACCAUGAGCCUUUGUGGAGAAAUCUUGUAUUGGAUAAUUUAAAUGAUGGAUUUUUGUUUAAUGGAUCCUGGAAAUCCACUUAUAUUGGUGCAUUUUAUCCUUCAUUUGAUGUUUCUGGCAUGGGAAGAUUAAAUAUGAAAGUUAGAGACUUUUACUCUGAUUAUCUUUUCCAAAGUUGGUUAUGUGCUAAUCUUGAAAUGAAACCUGAAUGGCUUGAGAGAGACAAUAUAGUUAGAAAGAAGGGUAUUUCUAUUGAGGAAUUUGUGUUGAGUUUUGAAGAACCAAAUAAACCAGUAUUGUUGGAAGGUUGUAUGGAUAAUUGGGCUGCACUGCCAAAAUGGGAUAGGGAUUAUUUACUUCAGGAAUGUGGUGAUGUCAAAUUUGCAGUUGGACAAGUAGCGAUGAGGCUUGAGGAGUAUUUUAGAUAUGCGGAUCAAGUAAGGGAAGAAAGGCCAUUGUAUCUUUUUGACCCAAAGUUUGCCGAAAAGGUUCCCAUUUUGGGUUCAGAGUAUGAAGUUCCAAUUUAUUUUAGGGAGGAUUUGUUUAGUGUUCUAGGCAACGAGAGACCAGAUUAUAGGUGGAUCAUUAUUGGCCCGGCAGGUUCCGGUUCAUCAUUCCACAUUGAUCCUAAUUCAACAUCUGCCUGGAAUGCAGUGAUAAAGGGGUCUAAGAAAUGGAUUUUGUUUCCACCUGAUGUUAUACCACCAGGGGUACAUCCAAGCCCGGAUGGCGCAGAAGUGGCUUGUCCGGUUUCCAUAAUUGAGUGGUUCAUGAACUUUUAUGAUGCAACAAAAAGUUGGAAGAGAAGACCUAUUGAGUGCAUCUGUAAGGCCGGGGAAGUGAUUUUUGUGCCCAAUGGAUGGUGGCAUUUAGUGAUCAACUUAGAAGAAUCCAUUGCCAUUACUCAGAAUUAUGUCAGCAGGAGAAAUUUGCUUAAUGUUUUGGAGUUUCUUAAGAGGCCGAAUGCAAGCGAGUUGGUAUCCGGGACGCUUGACCGCGUUAAUUUGCAUGAUAAGUUUAAGAACGCUAUUGAAGCAGCCUUUCCUGAAACCAUCAAUCAAUUAGUGCAGAAAGCAGAGGAGAAAAAAGCCCAACAGAAAAAACUCUCCUACUGGGACUCAGUAACAGAUUCCCAUGCUGGCAAUUUUAAGUUCUGUUUCUAAGGAACACACCCCCACCCCUCCCCCCACCCUUUCUUUUUCCUCCUCCAGGGCCAACUUCCUUAACCAGAAUGAUCCAAAACAAUUCUGCCAUUGAUUUGUUCAUAAAUUUUUCAUUGUUUUACUACUGAUUGUUAAAAUAUUACAUUGUUGAUGCUAUAUAUUAUUAUUUUUGCUCCUCUA